AUGGGCAGCUUGCGCGCCCCGCCGCCGCCGGCGCCGCUCGUCGGAAGCACUAGGGUUGCCUUCCGUUCUGGGAUUCGCUUUUCCUCCGACACAGUCCUCAAAUACAGAGGGUUAACUACCAGUAGCGCGAUGAAGUCUUAUAGGCUAUCCGAGCUCAGCGACGCCGAGUUUAGCGGCCUCAAGGCUCGUCCCCGGAUCGAUUUCUCGUCCAUAUUUGGCACGGUGAAUCCAAUCGUUGAGGAUGUCCGUGUUAGAGGUGAUGCAGCAGUUAAGCACUACACAGAAAAGUUUGACAAGGUUACGCUCGAUGAUGUUGUCGUUCGUGUUAGCGAUCUUCCAGAUGCAGAGCUUGAUCCAGCUGUGAAGGAAGCCUUCGAUGUUGCAUAUGACAACAUAUAUGCCUUCCAUGUUUCACAAAAAUUACCCGAGAAGACAGUUGAAAAUAUGAAAGGGGUAAGAUGUAAGAGAAUAACAAGGUGCAUUGGUUCUGUCGGGCUGUAUGUCCCAGGUGGCACUGCAGUCUUGCCUUCAACUGCAUUGAUGCUUGCUGUGCCUGCACAGAUUGCUGGAUGCAAAACUAUUGUUCUUGCCACACCACCUAGCCGUGAUGGUAGCAUAUGCAAGGAGAUUCUUUACUGUGCAAAGAAAGCUGGUGUGACACACAUAUUGAAAGCCGGAGGAGCUCAGGCAAUCUCAGCAAUGGCAUGGGGAACUGUGUCAUGCCCAAAGGUUGAGAAGAUUUUUGGGCCUGGUAACCAGUAUGUAACAGCUGCUAAAAUGAUUCUUCAGAACAGUGAAGCUAUGGUAUCUAUAGACAUGCCUGCUGGCCCUUCUGAAGUUUUAGUCAUUGCUGAUAAAUAUGCAAACCCAGUUCAUGUUGCUGCUGAUCUGCUAUCUCAGGCAGAACAUGGCCCAGAUAGUCAGGUUGUUCUAGUUAUUGCUGGAGAUGGUGUUGAUUUGGGUGCCAUUGAGGCAGAAGUUAGCAAGCAGUGCAACGCGCUUCCAAGAGGUGAAUUUGCUUCAAAAGCACUUAGCCACAGCUUCACUGUGUUCGCUAAAGAUAUGGUUGAGGCGCUAUCAUUUUCGAAUCUGUAUGCCCCUGAGCAUUUAAUCAUCAAUGUAAAGGAUGCUGAGCAGUGGGAGGAGCUUGUCGAGAAUGCAGGGUCAGUUUUCUUGGGCCAAUGGACCCCAGAGAGCGUGGGCGAUUAUGCAAGCGGAACAAACCAUGUCCUUCCAACCUAUGGUUACGCGAGGAUGUACAGUGGUGUAUCACUGAACUCUUUCCUCAAAUACAUUACAGUCCAAUCCCUAACAGAGGAAGGACUGAGAAAGCUGGGUCCAUUCGUCGUGAAGAUGGCCGAAGUGGAAGGGCUAGAGGCGCACAAGAGAGCCGUUACCCUCAGACUGCAAGAGGUUGAGGCCACUGUAACCGUCUAG